AUGAAUAGUGAGUUUGAGCCUUGCGAAAUUAAUAAAACCGAAACAACUUACAGGUAAAAAAGUUGUCAUAAAAGAGAUAUUUCUUCAGCCGGAACAGUUAUCGAAAUCUAAUAGAGCAAUAACUCUGGAAGUUGGGAAACUUUGCGGCCUCUACUGGUAGGAACAUUCUUUCUUAACAAAAUUCACACCGUCAUCACUUUUAGGAGAUUGAAACUUGCGACUAAGAGAGACAACGAGAGGAAGUGGGUAGUCGGAGUGCAUCUCGAAUUCGAAACGCGAAACUUAACCACUGCACAGGCGAAUCUCAAAGUCCGACUUAUGAAUGGGAAACAGAAACAGGCCUUGGAGUUCGAGAAGGACUACGAGAUCAGCAAGGACCACGGAAGUGUCGAGAUCGCCCUCAUUCCGUUCAAAACGGUUAUGAAAAGAAUGCGUAGAUUUGUGCGGGCCGGCUCAAUCAAGCUCGAGGUCGAAGUCGCACUGGAGAAUGUUCAGCAGCUGGAGUUGAGCGGUCAGUCUGUUCCCGCACACUCUCUUGAGAUAAUGGAGUUUGUUUUGUCAGAUGCAAUAGGAUUUGUCCGUUUCGUGGAAGAAGGAAUCUUUCCCAAAUACAUAAGACUCGGAUGGAUCGACGGAGGAGACUGGUAAGAAGCCUGACUCGGAAAGUUGGUUCGAAACCCUCCGAGUAUGUGUCUGCUAUUCACUAACUCCCAUAAACUCGGACAGUUUCCUAAUAAUUCCCUCUGAAAAACGUUAACGACAAAAGUCGAUUUUCAGCUAUUUAUUGAUCGAAGUGGAUGAGAACGAUAAGGUGACGAUCAGAUUGGACCUCGAUUCGGAUGACGUGGAUUUCUCUCCCUGCAUCACCUCGCUCGUCCGGCUAGUCCACAAAUCAGCCGGCAAGUCGCACGUCGUCGUGAAAAGUCUGAAACUGGAGGACGGAAGCAGCAAAAGCUUCAUCCAAAUGCCUUUCGAUGAGAUCAUGAACAAAGGAUUUCUGAGCGACGAGCGAGUGAUGACGAUCGAAGUCCAAAUACGUGUGGAUCGAAGAAUUCAUAGCGACGGUGACACGUUUUUAAAUUUUGCGACUCCGCUCGAUUAUGGAUUCGAAUUCAGAAGCAAAUGGGGAAAAAGUCUAUACGUGAACAAACAGGCACUUAAAACUUGCAAAAAAAUGAUCUGUACGCAUAUAAUUUCAGCUGCUUAUAUUUCAUUCUCCGGUUUUUUCUAAGAUGAUGUCAAGAGGUGUCUACAGUUUCAACUACGAUUCUAUGAAAUUAGAGUAUUUCAUGGCCAUUCUUCAGCACCUCCACGGACGUCGUGAUUGGAUCGACAGUUUGUUUUCUCCGCUUCUUCGUGAUUUGUUCACGUAGUACUAUUCAGAUGGAAACAUUUUCAAGGUACUCCCAUUCGCUCAUCGUUUCCAAAUACGAAGCAUUGUUCUACACUGUGAAACUAUUCUUAUGAAUUCGAUUAAGCUUUUCGGAUGGGACAUGUGCUUCCAAUGUGCUGUCGAGUAUGACAUGCGAUUCUUGAUGGUACGGUUUGUCUAUUGUGAUGCUUAAAUGAAUCUCUUGGUUUCAGAAGACCCUCAUGAACAAGGAGGAGCUUGAGAAUCAGCACAAGAUUGUUUCCACCGCUUCGAGAAGUUCCAUCACUUCGGAUUCGUCGACGGGCACAUCAAACUCCUUCUAAUUUCCCGUCUUUUUUUCCUAAUAAAUAAAGAAUUGAUAAUCUUCACAAGCGUGAUCACCCGGCUAUCUGGCUUCCGAGCAGACCGAUUCGUGCGAUGAUACUUCUGAAUAUAGGCUCUGUCCCGUCGCAAAACCUAAAAACAAUGGGCGGCGAGUAUUGGGAAUUCUCAACGGCGUCAAGGACUUGAGAGCCGACGUGAGGAGAAAUGCCCACCCGUUCUAUUAGUGCAUCUUCUGAUUCCAGCUUUUCGGCUCCAACCAACGACCAUUCGCAGUGCACGAGGUGAUCGACAGAGGCGGUGAGGCAGUGAAGUGUGCCGACUACCUGGGCGACGGAAGAUACACCAACUUCAACUUCGGAGCCGCUGUCUCUCAGGCGGCGAAGCAACAAUCGGACUGGAAGAAUCUGCUCCGAAUCAGGGAGCAUCGAAUGAAUCUCAAUAUCACCGAUGACUUCACGUAA